AUGGCUCGAAGGGGGACGGCAAGUUUUCGUGACCCUUUGCGGGAGUCGUCGUAUUUGACGAGCCAUGUUUGGCGUUCUGGGGAGGGCACUCUGCUCCGAGGGCCGUCGACCCUUGAAUCUGCAUACGCCCGAGGUCGGCGGAAACAGCGCCGCUUAGGUCUCUCUACGACCGAUCUGCGUUUUUUGGCGCAUGGCGCCCCCUAUUGUGACUCUCUCUUUCGUUCCGCUUCGCCAUCCUGUGCCUCUGCUGCGUCUUCAGCCCUCGCCUCUUCCUCUCCCGUCCAAGUGUGCUGCGCCUCCCGCUCUUGGGGAACCGAGGCCUGGAGGCGGAAGCAUGGAGGCAAGCAGAGUGAGGGCAGCUGGCUGCGGCGCUUCUCGUGUCGCGUCUGUCUCCUGCCACAGGCUUGUGUCGUUUACUCACCGCCCAGGACCGGGGAGGUCUUGGAGAUGUCUCACGUUCCACGUCGCUCAAGAACUCGCGUCUUGUCCUUCCUUUCGUCUCUCUAUGUCUUGCGAAUCUCCACCGCCUCUUCGGCGCCCGCGUCACCUUCCUGUCUCCCGCCUUCCCCGCACUGUCUGAGUGUCUCUCCCUGUGUAGGACGGGCAAGUAAGAGGACCUGGGGAGACGCGAAGACAGCUCUUGGCGCGCCAUUUGGAAACCAGCUAUUUUUUCCCCCCUCUAUCUUCUCUCCCCAACGUUUCUAUUGUUUCUGCUCGGAGUCGACGUCGCCUCCGCCGUCCGAUCCUCUGUCCCCGUCUUCCCAGGCGAUGCCUGCCGAGUGUCCUGUUGCCACUGGCAGAGAAGAGGAUUCGUCUUCGUCUCCUUCGUUGCCGACCCGUGAGUCUUCCUCUUCUUGCGAGCUCUCUUUGUCCUCUCCUACGACUGAUGGUCCACUUGUAUUCGCUUCCAGUUCCUUUCUUCCCUCCUUUCUCGCGCCGUCAUUCUUUCGCUCGCUCUCGCCUCUGGCCUCGCGGUGGAUCGCGUGUCUCUCUCCACUCCUCCAGGCACUUCCUCCCCCCACACUUCGUCUGUGGGGAGGCAGCUGCUGUGAACUCAAGCCGCUUCUCCUCCCCGCCCCUCUUCCUCUCUCCGUCCUGCUCCCUCACCCCCUGCCGAUGUCCGUCCUCUCGUCUGCUGCUGUCUCCUCUCCGUCUCCUGCGUCUCCUUCUCCCGUGUCUUCAUCUCGCCAGCCUUCCUCUCUCCUCCCGCCGUCUGUCGCAGUCGCACUUCACCGCCACUGUGGCGCGUCCGCUGUUUCGCCUCUUCAGCAAUUUCUUCUUCCGUUCCUGCUGAGUCCUUCUCACGACCUCCUUGUUCUCUCGCGUGUGCAAACCGGCAAGUCGCGAGCCGUUCAGCUCGCCGUUGUCCUGCGUCUGCUGGAAAGCGAUGGGAUCGCGCAGCCCAGUGAGGAUGAGCUGAACGCGCAGGCGGACGCGACGCGGAAGCUCCAGGGGAUGGAGCAAGCGGACGCGGGGUUCCCCAAGUGCCUCUUCCUGCUCCCCACGCGCGACGCAGCCAACCAGACUCAUGCAGAGCUCCUCGCUCUUCUGCGCUAUACGCCGCAGCUCCGCGUAGCUCUUCUGUGCGGCGAAACUGCCUUCUACCAGGCGCAGCAAGAGGCGCGAGAGGAGCGGAGCGCCAGCGGUGGGGGACAGAGGGCUGCGGCCGAUGUCGCCCGCGACGAUCCCCAGGCAGCCGAGUGGGCGGGCGAGCCCCGAAGCAUUUGUUCCCGGCGAGGCCGCGCUGUGAACGUUUUCCACCGAAUUGAGAAGCUGAGGGCACACAUAUGGAUCUGCACACCGGGGAAGCUCGACGAGUAUCUCGGCUACCUCAGCUGGAAAGACAGCUUCAGAAACGGCGCGGCGAGCCGGCUGACUCCGACACCGAUAGACAAAGACGCGACAGGCGAAGCGGCGGCGACGACAGAGGAUACAUACGAGGACACCCGACAAGGUAGAAACAGGAGCUUCUCUCGCUGUAGCUUGCUGGUUGUGGAAGACACACCUGCGCUCUUUCAACAAAGCGACAGAGGCAGGCAGGCGACCGCAGCGUUGCUCAGACUCAAAGAAAGGUUGCCACCAGGUCACCAGACUAUUUUCCUGUCAUCGUGGCUGCCUCCGGAUCUUCGGAGCGUCUUCGCUCGUCUUGCGCGGGUCAGGUCCUUGACUAUCAACGCCUUGGGGACUCCCUUCGUAUCACCCGUUUCUCUCCUACAUUCCGAUCAAGCUUCUGCUGAAGCCGUUGGUGCUGCGCCCAGCCCUCCGCUGGUGUCUCCCGUGUCUCAUUCGGCUUCUUUGUUUGCUUCGGGUUCCACUCGCCUCUCUCGCCUGUGCUGUUCUCCUUGUUCCGUUCCUCUGUCUCCUCCCGGCACCGCUUCUCUGUCUUGUCCCCUUUCUUCUGCGUUUUUGUCGCCGUCUCCCUGUGUCCCGCGGAAGGACGGGGACGCGGAGGAAGAGCUGUGUCUUUCGCAGCAAACGCCCGAGACCGGCGAGAACGAGGAAGCACACACCGCCGCGCUUCUCCGCCAGCCUUCACUCUGUGGUUCGCCACACAAGGAGACGGGGCCGCCAUUUUCGCGGGGUCCUUCUCUUCGCGAAAGCAUUCUCGAUGUGGAAGAGACGGCAGGAUUGUGGGGUCCCAAACGAGCGUCCGAGUUCCUGGCGAAAAAGCAGAGACAGUGGAGUGAGCUUCAGCGUCGCCGGUCACGCUCCCACCACAGCGCACAAGAGCGGCGAGGAAGCGACUGGAGCAGGGAGGAAGAGGCAAUAAUACGGGGGGAAGUCGUUCGCUCGGAGUUUGCCAUUUAUCCGGCAGACUUGCACGCUCAUGUGCUGUUUAACGUGUUGAUGAGUGAGGCGAAUCGAGUUGCGCAAUUGGAGACAGCAAGAGAGGGACCACACAGAAGAGCCGAAGGACAGAUGGCAGGGGACGAUCAAGCGUGUGACGUGUCUCCGGAAAGCAGAGACAGAACUUACCGAGUCAUUGUUUUUUUCUCGACUCUCAAGAGUCUACAGUUCCAUUAUGUCUUCUUCAAACACUAUGUUUUUCCGGCGCUCCUCACGCUGAAGACAACGGACCCCGCGACGUUUUCCGCUCUGUCCACGUACCCAUUCGUCUCCUCUUCGUCCGGUUCUUAUUUAUCCGCCACACAUUCGUUCCCUUUAUCAGUUUCUUUCUCUUCUUCGUCUCCCUCUGCUUCGUCGACGUUUCCUCCGCCGCCGCUGGUCCCCGCGCGCCUUCCGAAACUCUCGGCCCUGCAUCACGGGCUCAGUAUCGAGAGACGUCGUGCAGUGAUCGAGGCUUUCUCCUCUUCAUCUCUGGUUCCUACCUGGUCACCUUCUGGGGUCGAUUCUGCUGCUCUCGCGCCUUCGCAGUUCGCGUCCGGGUUGCCGACCUCUCUCGUGGGCCAGGCAAGCCACAGGCGGCUCUCAAAAAGCGGGAGAGAGCGACAACAAGGAUCUCUUCACGGCCAAGAGCCGCUGCCCCAGGUGUCCAGCAAUCCGGGCUACGAGCUUCGCAUCCUUUUUGCCACAGAUGUCGCGGCUACAGGCGUCAAUGUGGGAGUUGUUGACUCCGUUAUUCACGCCGGGAUGCCCCGUGACCCAGAGCUUCUCGUUCAGCGUCUGACGCGUGUCGCGCGCCCGUCCACACGCGUCUUUCACUUCAUUUGCCUCACCUCCGUCUUCCUCGGGCCGCGUCUCGUCGCCACCAUCAUGGGUUCUCUCUGAUGCAUGUUCCGCCUCGCCUCUAUUUGAACUGUCCAGUGAAACAUCCGUUGGAAGGCAGGGACGAAGCGAGGAAAAAGAAAACGUCGAAAUCGAAGAGAACGACAACCAUUUUUGGCGGCUCCACGCCAAGCGCGAAAUCGGGAGAUCUCUGCUUCUUCUUCAUGACUUAGAAAGCCACUUUCUUUUUGAAUGCUUCUCCGAAGGAAUCAAUCUCACUGAACUCCAUCCUCGGUAUGCGUUAUCUCUUCUGAGCCCGAAUCGUGCGCUUACUGCGGUUUUAAGUCAGAGAGGUUCGAACGAAAGAUGUUCCAGGAAAAGCGGAAAUGGGAG